AUGCACGACCAGAUCAUUUCGUCAUCUUCAUCCUUUCUUCUUUUAUUAAUUCUUUUUCAUCUAUCUAUAUUUCUUUUUUCAUCUUUAUCUUCCUCUAUAGUUGAUUCUCUCCCAUUUUUCUUUUUCUCUUGCUUUCUUUCCCCUUGUUCUUUUGCGUGCUCCUCUCUAUUGUGUCUUUGUCUCUUCUGGUCUCUUUAUGGGUUAGAUGUGGGGUCUGAAACCCAAUUGCUAUUUGAGCUCUGGAAACAAGUAUUUUUUUACUCAAGUAAACAUGAAAUUUGUUCUUGCUCAAGUAAUUCACAUGUCACUUGUCGUAUUCUUAGGACUCAAUUGCUUGUUUUGACUAGGUUUUAA